AUGUCCUAUCCUAUCCUGCAGUCUUUGUGUGCUCUAUCCCUGGCCCUCCUGUUCUGUCUUCUCAGUUGUCAUGAUGCAAUAAAAAUGAGAUACAAAGCGAGGGAGUUAACUCCACAGGGACCCGCCAAACACCUCCGUCACUGA